GGUCUGAUUCCUCAGUGUUUGGCUCCACCUGGUGGCAUGAGUUUAUCUUAACUGCAACAAUAUUUUUUUACAUUUAAUUAAAAGUUGCAUGCAAGUGGUCAAAAGGGGCAAAUAGAAAUCUUAAAUAUCCUUCCGACUAAAAUAGUUUCAUUCUGCACAACAAGAACCUGACAGAUGUUCUAUUCCUGUCUUCACUAGUUAAUCUUUUACUGCCCCCUGUGUUUUGAAAAUGAGUCCACUUCCAUAGCAACCUCCAGUGUGUCAGUAAUUACACUGAAAGAUUUGGCUUGCUGGCUACGCUUAAAUCUUACUGCCUGGCUUCAUCAGCUGCUAGUUUAACAUAGGUUUUAGUAGUACGUGAGGUGAACAUGUGUGGAGUUUCAACAGAGCUUCCCCAUCUCACUGCUGUAAACUUAGAGGUGUGUCUGGCCUCCGAUGAGGUGUUGGUUCACUUCUUCAAUGAUUUCUUAAGUCUACCGUCUUUCACAGAAGCCUUGUAUUACAGCCGAGAAUCAGGACACUUUGAGUUUGUGAGUGCGCCUGAAUGUGUGUCUUCAAGGUCGGACUUGCACUGUAGAAAACCAAAGCUUCUUACCUGUGACUGGACAUUGCUGACCAACACUCCUGUAGAGAAUCAGUACUCUGUCUGUCAGCUGGACAGAGAGCAAGGAAUUCAGUGGAUUGUCAGAGAAAGAUUGCCCUUUUUCCUUCAAAGUGAUUGUUAUGUUGAAUACAGACUUGCCAUGCUGGUGUUUCAGUGGGACUCAAACCCCUGUAUUCAGAGGAGCAGCAGCUCAGGUCAAACCACUCUAUCAGCAUCACAACUGCUCUGUUUAUCCCAGUUUAAGAAAACAAAGAAUGCAAUGUGCAGACAUUCUAUUGAAAAUAAAACAUUAGAGCAAGAGAAAUUGACUGGAGAUUCGCACAAGAAAUUUCUCCAAGAGCCUAGUAGCCACAUUGCUGAGGCUUCUGAACUACAGCUAAAGGACCUGGCUUCCAGAUUGAGUAAUAAUGUGCUUAAAAAUGCAUUGAACGUGAUGGCUGGUCAGAGCCAGGCAAACAAGUCUGACUGUCUCAGCAAAGACCAGACAAAUUGUAUUAAUAAAGAGAAAUCCUGUGAAUGUAAAGUUUGCCAGCCUUCAGUUAAUGGCGGGAUGUUUAAGGGAAAGACUGCAAUCCUUCAAGAAGACAAGACUGGAAAUGAGGUGGAGGGAAUGAUGGACCGGGACAAGGCGAACAGAGCAGGGGGGAGCUGGGUCUCUGCACAGCAGAACGUGCCUGAUAGCUGUUGCCGUGGUGCCGGGUGGCAUGACCGUAAACCAGGCUUGGAUAAGUUCAAGAAGUUUUUGCAAGGAACGUCAGGAGAGAAAAUAAUUAACCUCUGGAUGGAUAUUGAGAAAUUGAAAAUUGUACAACACAGAGAGCGGAAGAACAGGUACCUGGUGCUGAUGAGGAGCCGCUAUCUGCUGAGCAGCAGUCGCAGCAGUCUGCAUGCAGAGCUGCUGUCCAGACUGGGCCUAUCUACACCCCCCUGCUGGACAGAAGAGAAACUGCACUCAGUUCAGCCUGUCCUCACUGAGGCUCUUCUCUCUUACUGGGCCCCUCGGUUUUGGAUGUCUGGAUGUGACCAGGCAGAUGAUGAUGAUGAUGAUGGAGAAACUCCUGUCAUGAGCAUGGGGACAGAGUGGUGCUAUAGCCCGUUAUCAGUCUCACCCCAGGGCUCUUUGAUGCUGCAUCCUCUCUGCCCUGACACCUGCUUGCAUCCGUCUUCCAAUAGUGUUUAUACACAGGAAAGCAGAGACAUAAACCAGAUGCUACAGGCUCUGCGCUUUGAACCGUCUGCUGGCUUGUACUUUACACACUUCUGUGAAAAAUCUGGAAACCAGCUCUGGGAGAACGCAGUUUACUUCUGGACUGACCUGCAGCGGUACCAUGAGUUGUUCUACCAGGAUGGGAUGGACCCCUACAGGGUACAGAGAGAGGCACAGGUCCUUUACUUCACAUAUCUGUACGGUUCUGCCAGGAGGACCAUUGGUUUGGACGAGAAGGUCAGAGGGGAUGUGUACGACAGACUCGUGCCUGCUUUUGAGGAGCUAUUUGACAAAGUUGAGGAGCACACACUCAAUAUCCUGCUGCAGCCAUGGACGCUGCUUGUCAGCAGGGACAAAGAGUCUUUCCUAAAGGUAUGUGUGCAGGCAGAGGUGCGCAGGGUUGGCGGUCAGACCCCGAAACUCCAGAGUGGGUUCAAGGAACCAGAAUACCAGCUAAAACAGGAGGAGCAGUGUGGUUCUGUCCCAUUUUUCUCUCCUUCGCCAUCUAGUGCCACCAAAACACCCAGUUUGCCCGAGUCCUGGUCCGGUGUGUCUCCCGAUUACCAAGGUUACCGUCUAGGUUCCUUACUUCGUCACCCCCAUGAGAUUGGCCACUUUAUGUCCUUUCUCCAAAAUCAGGAUGCCAGUGUCCAUCUGACAUGCUGGCUGGACCUGGAGCAGUACAGGAGGACUCCUCAGAAAGACAAGGCUGCCAGACAGGAGAGGUCCUCACACAUCACAACCAAAUACCUCAACAGGAACUACUUCUUUGGUCCUGACAGCCCUGCUUCUGCAGACCAACAGAGCGACAUAUUGCAUUUGGCAGGUGGACUGGAGCGUCUGAAGUUGGACUGUGUCUCAAACUCUGUUGCUGCAGAGAUCCAGGACAUCGUGAGGAGCCACAUUGAGAAAACAUGGCUGCCUCAGUUUCUGUCCACACCACAGUUUGAAGAGCGCCAGAAACACAGACUGAAGCUCCGAGCAGCUGACAGGCUCUCGCAGCCCGUCCACUGCCGACGCAGACUGAGGAGAGAAGCCUGGAAGGCUAAGGGCUUGUGGAUGAGUUCCUCCAAAGAGAUUCUCCUGUUUCGACGGAUCCUACUGAACCCUGUCACUUGCGUGCAGUUUCAGCACUUUGUCUCCCUGAAGGGAGAUUUCCUGGAGAAUGACGUGCUCUUCUGGCUCGAAGUGCAGAGAUACAAGGAUCUCUGUCACUCUCACAGUGAUGAGGAAACUAUCCAACGGAAAAUCUCCACCAUCAUCAGCUGUUUCGUCAAUUCGUCCAUGCCCCCCGCCCUGCAGAUAGACAUACCCCCCGAACAGGCCCAGCACAUUCUGGAGAAUCGGCAUGAGCUCGGCCCUUAUGUCUUUAGAGAGGCACAGUUGUCAGUGUUCAGUGAACUGCUAAGGUUUUGGCCUGAGUUUCAAGAGCUGUGUAGCAGCAUCCAGGAGGAGCAGCUCCUUCCGUUGCUGGAGGAGAAACGAGUCAAACAUCGAGCCCGAGUGAGAAGACAGAGGAGGAAAGAGGAAGAAGAGGAUGAGCGAAUAAGAACCCAGGAAGAGCUAGAGACUGAAGAGUAUAGUUUUAGAGAGGAUGAUGAGGCAGAUGAUGAUGAUGAUGUGGACAACAGAGAUGAUGACCAAGAAGAGAGAAGCCAAAAAAAGCAUUGGAGGACGCAAAGCAGAGCACUGCUGUCUCCCACACAGCCGUUAUCCUGGUCCUACUCGAAGUACAUGGCAGCUCUAAAGAGGGAGGAGGCGCUGCUGAGGAGACACAGUCUGCCCGAAAGCUCGUUCUCCACAGCCUCAGAGUCAUCCUCAAUCUGCAGCAUCAAGUCAGCGGGCAGUAAACACAGACAGUCGUCCUCUGGAGCAAACCGGGCUCUGGAGCAAACCGGCAACAGGCUAAAGUGAAGACAGCAACUGACCUGCAGGAGGCGAGGCUGAAAUGAGCCAGCUCUGCUUCGACACACAGAUUACUGCAGCUGUUAUUGGAGCAGUUUGAGUGAAAACCGAGAGCGGAGCCGCUACUGAUACCACUU